GGUCUUUGGACGGCGAUCCGAAGAUAGGGAAACGUUUCUUCCCUCCUCGUGGUCUUACUCCUGACUCGGCACAGGUAUGUACUGCUGUUGUUCGGACCCUUGAUUUUUUUUGCAUAUCUCGUUUCGUCUCCUUUGUCGUUUCUAUAUCAGUAUUCUGAUACGCCCUUGCCUACUAAGUGUGCAUAGCAUGAAGAUUUUCCAGGUUACAGACCAGGCGGACGUUCUAAAAUUCUCAUCCACUCUAUCUCGUGCCCAGCAUGCGCUUAAACAUCAGUCAUGCGGCAAAACAUGCUAUAUUCUGGGCGCCGUAUCGCAUCCAGGCCAUUCUCCAGGAGCAUUUAAAUCCGCUCAACUCUCAGACAGAGGCGUUCAUCAACUGCGCUUGCAACCAUGGCUUUUCCCCUUCUCGCACUUGUCCUCGCUGCCAUCACCCUUGUAUCUGCCCACGAUGACCAUGACCACGGGUUACAGAUGCCUCUGGACUACGUGAAGUUUCCUUACCAAGCAGUGUAUCCAGGCGACGAUGAAGUGACUGCGGACUCCAUCUUCUCUGGUAUCACCACGUUCGCGAGGCUGCCUUGGGUGCAAUGCCUUGGCAAGGAUAAGGACGCUGCAUUCGACGUCGCGUUCAUCGGCGCACCAUUUGAUACGGGAACUUCGUAUCGUCCCGGGGCUCGUUUUGGUCCCUCCGGGAUCCGAGCUGGUUCCCGCCGACUCACGCUGUAUGGCGGCUACAACGUCCCUCUGGAAGUCAACCCAUUCCUAUCCGGCCUGAAGAUUGUAGACUGUGGCGACAUACCUGUGACGCCAUAUGACAACAAACAUGCUAUCAAACAAAUUGAGGAUGGUCACAAGGCCCUUCUCCACCGUCAGACUUUCUCCACUCUCGGUAACGACACUUUUACCGGUAAAGCACUCAAGCCUAUCUCUACUGAUGGAAAGAAUCAUCCCCGUGUCAUAACUCUCGGCGGCGACCACACUAUUGUUCUUCCCAUUCUUCGUUCCAUUUACACGGCUUAUGGUGCCAUCUCUGUGAUUCAUUUUGAUUCUCACCUCGACACUUGGAAACCUCAGGUGUUCGGUGGUGCUCCAUCUGACCAAGCUGCUAUCAAUCACGGAACUUACUUCUACUGGGCCAGUCAGGAGGGCCUGAUCAAGAACGGAUCAUCAAUUCACGGCGCUAUCCGUACCACGCUUUCCGGUCCUGCGGAUUACGCGAACGAUGACGCUUCUGGGUUCCAAAGAAUUGAGGCCCGUGAGAUUGAUACCUUAGGUACCGAUGGAAUCAUCAAGAAAAUCAGGGAGACUGUCGGUGACAAGCCAGUCUAUCUCUCAAUUGAUAUUGAUUCUAUCGACCCUGCCUUUGCGCCUGCCACAGGUACCCCUGAGACCGGCGGCUGGUCUACUCGAGAGCUUCGAACGAUUCUGAGAGGUCUUGACGGACUGCACAUCGUUUCGGCGGACAUAGUCGAAGUUGCUCCCGCGUAUGACACUAAUGCCGAGCUGACUACAAUGGCAGCAGCAGACGUUCUCUUCGAAGUUUUGAGCGUUAUGGCCAAGACACCCCUAAGUAAAGUUGUUGAUUGAUACGUUUUCCGGGCUUCUCGCCCUGCGAUUCCCAUACUGUCACUCAUUCCUAUGCGAUCUUCCCUCCCUGCUAUGUGAUCCUUAUCUCGUUACAUAAACGAUCCUCUAUCAAACACGACUUUUGGGC